GGAGGAACAUAAGAAAGCGGGUUAUAUUGCGCCUGUUGAAUUUCAACCGAAGGCUCAUGUUAUAACUGGGGGGAAGCAAGCACAUAACUCUAAAAAUAAGCAACCAUCAUCUUUUAAACCAAUAAAGGCCAAAUUAAAAAUUGCAAAGAAACCAAAAGCAAACCGUCCAUGCUGGAACUGUGGACAGAUGGGGCAUUGGGCCAAAUUGUGCCCAAAUAAAAAGGCUAAGGCUCAAUCUGGUGGACCUCAAGUCAACAUGGUGACCGGAGGAACUAGUUUCGAUGGCCUGCGGUUGGAAGAACAGUGAUGAUGGGAAACACAAGUGCUGCUAGUGUGCAUGGAGUUGGAAAAGUAGAAAUAAAAUUCCCUUCGGGAAAAAUUCUUACUUUGCAUAGAGUGCAUCACGUUCCCGAAAUUAGAAGGAACAUUGUUAGUGGUUCCAUUCUAGUUAGGGAGGGUUAUGAAUUGUCUUUUAAAUUAAAUAAAGUUGUAAUUUUAUUUGGUGGACUUUUUAUUGGCAAGGGUUACUUGUCAGAUGGACUUUUUAAGAUUGUGGUUGAUUAUUUGGAAUUAAAUUAUAUAUCUGAGAAUUGUGAUUCUUCUUGUU